UCAUCAUGUAAUACAAGAAGGGCAAACGCUUCGAUUUUAUUCGUUUUUCUCGAUGAAUUUCUAGCCCGGGAUCGUUUAUUUCUCGUGAAAUUGCACCUGCGACAACGGUACACUCUUGCCACAAUGUUGCAUAUCUACCGCACAACGCUUCGUACCCACCGGAGAACACUGGGCGAGCAGUUGGGGAGGGUACUACAACCGGCGGUGACCGGCAUGAUGCCGCUCAGCACUCUUCAAUCGCCCUGGCCGAUUCGACACUGCAGUGCCAACAAUGUUCGUACGUUUGACACGAUGCUCAAGGCGCGGCGUGCCGAAGCCCGACGUAGCGUGCUGGUCCAAGUAAGCUCCGAGCGAUCGUACAACGAACUGUACCGGUAUUGCUCCCAGUUCGGUGAGAUCACCAGUGCGCAUCAUUACCGGGUAGAUGGGGACAGUAGCAGCGACGGUGAUUGCCAUUACAUUCUGCUCGAGUAUAAAAACCGGGAGGAGGCAGACGCGGCCAUGCAAUCGGGUGUAUUCAGCACAGAAAGGCCCGGCGUAAGGGCCCGCUCGAUAUUUAUGUGGUUCCGUACCGGACCUAAACCACGCCUCGUUGCCCCCACAAACGACACUGUCCGCCAGCUGGCCCUUGUCGAUGGUUCGCGACCGAUCGAUGAGCAGGAACUGAACGCACUGCUAGCGUCAGCGGAAACGAUCGAUGAUCAGGUGACGGUGCUUCAUCGUGUCACGAAACUGAACGAUCUCGGUAAACGGUUACGGUUUCUGGCCGUGCGACAGCUGGAAUCAUCGCUACAGGGUAUGUUUCCCCAGGCGGUUGCCCAUCCCUUCGGUUCCUCCGUCAACGGGUACGGCCGGAUGGGGUGCGAUUUGGAUGUGAUACUCGAUCUCGAUUGCCGAUCGGGUGAACCACCGGAUCGGAACGCACGGCUCGUAUACCACACCAAAGCAACGAAUCCCAACGAGCGAACCCAGGUACAGCGACAGCUAGAAUCGAUCGGUGACGUGCUGCAGCUCUUCCUGCCCGGCGUAAACAGCGUACGGCGCAUACUGAAGGCCCGUGUCCCGAUCGUAAAGUACCAUCACGAGCAUCUGGAUCUCGAGAUCGAUCUGACGAUGAACAAUAAGGCGGGAGUGUACAUGUCCGAGCUGCUGUAUCUCUUCGGUGAACUGGACCACCGAGUACGGCCCCUUACGUUCGCCAUACGGCGAUGGGCACAGGCCGUCGGUUUGACUAACCAGGCACCGGGUUACUGGAUCACAAACUUCUCGCUCACCAUGCUGGUCAUGUACUUUCUGCAGCAACUCCCAGCACCGAUCCUGCCUUCGAUCAACAAGCUGAUACAGCUGAGUGCGGCCACAAAGGAGUCGAAUGGCGUUGUGCCACCCCUGGCACGGCUUGGUGGCGAUGGUGAGGAUGCCGAGUGGGUUUGCAGCUUUCUGAAGAAUCCCUCGAUCUACGAGUGCUUCCGGAGCACGAAUCAGUCCACGCUCGAGGAGCUACUGCACCAAUUCUUUACCUUUUACGCUCAGUUCGAUUUCAAUCAGCGUGCGAUCAGCUUGAACAUCGCCGGAACGAUCCUAAAGCCCGACCACUGUCCGAUGUACAUCGUCAAUCCGCUGGAAACGGUGCUGAACGUGAGCAAAAAUGUGAACCUCGAAGAGACGGAACUGUUCCGGAUACAGGUGCGGAAUGCCCUGUGGUUGCUCGAAACGCAUGGCAAGGAAGCGGUGGUGCAAGCGGGCAGUGAACCGUCCGAGUGGGGACUGGUCAGUUUGUUCGGUCCGCGGAAACAGCUGGAACGGAUUACGCCACAAAUGUUCUUCACCAAGCGGAUGCUCAACGUGAAGGACAUCUUUGAUGAGGUGCCCGCGGAUGAUGCUACCGGACGGCAUCCGGCAUCGUACCGGAAUCCGGCAGUCAAAAACCAAAUCGCUUCCAUUCACCGUUCGACGAAGGCCGCUAUCGGUAAACUGCAAGGCGGUAGUGCUGGUGGUGCUAACGGUGGCCGAAGUACGGUCGUCGAAGGCACGAAUGUAAAGCUAAAAGGAGGAAACACGAAGCGUCGGUGAUGAUGCGUUCCAUCCCGAAAGUAAUGGCAAUUACAAGAUAGCGAUAAAGUGAACCGAAAUAAAUUACGGAGCAAAGUUCCGUACCGGAAUUAU